AUGGCCAAAAAACAGCAACAACCGCAAGCAGCUGUCUCUUUUGAUGCGAUUAUUCAGAAUGAUCGCCGCAAGAAACAGAACGAGCAGCUCGCAAGCCAAAUCCUGGGCAAGAACAGAAUCGAUAAAGGCCGACGAGCGAGCGCCCCUGGUCCAGGACAAAUCAGCGAGACAUCAAACACAAAGCCCGGAAGUCUCGCCAGUCGAAUCGGAGCGCCAAAGGUGAAAAUAACACAAAUCAUGGAUCGGAAGCGAUCCGCCUCAGUCUCUGCUCGUCCCAAACAAACGAACAACAAAAUCACCAAAUCAAAAUCCGCCCCUGCGCCAGCACAGUCGAUGCGCAAGAAUGCGAACUCUUCCAACCAGCGCCGAGUGAAUGUAGAGCGUCUUCAAGCGGCUAUCGAGUCUAGCAAUCACCAAGCAGCCCUCCGUUCAGCCCCCGCAGGAAUAUCGAUCAAGGGUUCAUCCGGGCCAUUUAUGGUGGUCGGCAGCAACUUCGCCCCCGGGACUACAGCGGCGGACAUUCAAUCGGCAAUUGAACCUGUUGCAGGCCCAAUGUUGACUUGCAGAGUCAUCUCACACCACCCUGGCGUCACUGCGGAGUUUGCGUUCGCAGAGAGAUGGUGUGCUGAGAAUGCUGUGGCGAAUUUCCACAACCAAAGAGCCGAUGGGAGAAUUUUGACGCUCAAGUUACAGCCCGCCGGGACCCCGAUUAGCACUCCUGGCACCUCUUUCAAUGCUCUCCGCGAGCAAGCAGACCGCGAGCGUCGCUCGCGCCGGGCGGAACCCCAAGUACAAGACGGAAGAUAUGGAUUUGAUGAGGCGGGCGACGCGCUGAACACCGACACCGGACUCUACAGUGACCAAAUGAUGGUGGAUCCUCCGUCUCAGAAGAAUCACAAUUGGCGAAAGAAUCGACGGUGA